AUGGCCUUGAUUACAGCACAAACAUCGAUAGCAGACCCCGCACCAGAUGAGAACACAGACCCGUUGGCCGCGGAGAACAGUGCGUAUUUCUCACCUCAAAAGCGCGCCCGUCCCGCGGCGUCGAGCCUGAGGUCACCUCUGGUUCGCGAACGAUUCCUACGUGAAACGACAAUGUCUGCAACACCACAGCCUCGGACACCUACUGGAGGGCACAGGAUAGUUGUUAGAGUUCGAAAUAACCCAUUGCCAGCCGAUUUGGAAGUAGGGAAGAACAUCUUUCGCCCUCCAAUGAAUUGUUCAUCUAGUAGGGUCUCGCCAAAGAAGGAUGCAACUGGGGUCAGGGACAGUACGGCGGAGAACGCAAAAGAAUUGACGACGCCCACGAAAAUGCGGUCAACCAGUCCCCUGAAAAUGAUGAUCACCAUGAAGCCGAGCCCUGCGAAAGCCGCUGUCAGUACGCCACCAAAAGCCACCGCCCCAAAACACGACUUUCGAACCGGAUCUCCAACAAAAAAGCCGUCGGAUCUUUCGAGAAACAGGAGCACCAGAGAGCAGGGUUCUGAUAAGUCCACGUUCGGGACUCCUUUGAAAAAGGGCAGACCGGAAACACCCAACCACGAACGGCCUUGCAGUCCAGUGAAGCGCACGAUUGAGCUAGACUCGCCCACCUCAUCUGUCGAUAUGAGCCCGGAUCUGGCCAGAAAUCUAGUAUCACAUCCCAAUCACUUGCUCCGUAUGCUCUCAGGGUGUCUAGCAGACGCUACCAUGGACGACGACUCAGCAGCGAUACCCGUCAGACGAGCUAUCCCCAACCCGAGCGAAUACUUUACGCCAAUCAAGAAGACACGAAAGCCGGUGAACUUGCAGCCGAAGAACAUUGGUGAUCUCACGGCGAACUUCGGAAGCAACAACACUAGUCCGGCUUUCGACUGGCCAUUUUCCCCGUGUGUGGAAAGGAACCUUGCUUCGCCUACGCCUACCCCGUUACGCAAGGCUUCGGAAAAGCUUCAGCUGGUGGGGUCAGGUUCUUAUGAGAGAAUCUCGGAAGAUGAUGCUCCAUGUGUACCGGAUGUGGCUGCCAGACUCAACUUUGAGAAGGAGUUGUCCUCAAUUCUGCCUUUGCAGGGGCUGGAACAGAUUGUCAAUACGUCACCUGAGGCGCAGCCCACUCAACUCCUAUCGGAGUCUGGCAUGGAUUGUUUUGCCGACAAGACACAAGAAUCACAGGCAUCUCAAUAUUCGUCUUCUUAUUGUCCGAAUACGAAACGACAACGCGACAUGAGGGCGGAUUCUGGGAAGCAAAUUGAGUGGAGUGAUGCGAACGAGGAUACCCUGGAGAAUUCAGAGACACAAACUGCUAGCCAGGACGAACACGUAGAGACGAAUCUUAGCAUAUCAUUGGAGCUGGAGAAAGACACGGACAACGCAAAGACGACUUCGAGCAUCCCAAUCCCGGCACUCUGCAAACCUGUCAACUUGAGCGAGUUGCUCCCGAUACCGAACAGCGAACCCACAGACCAACAAGAUGCGAGUACCUCAGGUACAGUUGGAAGGUCUACAACACUCAAAAAGUUCAACUACAACAUGUCGUCCCUGCCAAGAAUCAAGACAAACUCUCCAAACAAGGUGGCCUUGACAAAGCUCCCUAGCAAGUCCACAAUACCGCGGUGUCAGUCUAUCGGAUACCUAUCAGGCCAGACAAAGGAUAAUCGUCCCACCGCAACCGAGUCACCAAAUCUCAAAAGCGCAAGUCCGAGCAAGACAAAAGGCCCAGCAAGCACAAUAUCCCACAAACCCACAAAAUCCAUCACCACACCUAUCAAAACCGCCUCAACCCUCCCCCGCCUCACCCGCACCUCAACCAAGCAACCCACCACCCGCCUUCCCUCCACCUCCCCCUGGAAACUCGAAAGUCCCUUCGCCACCCCUCCGCCUCCCAAACGCCCCUUAUCCCUCCACAUUCCCCCCAAACUCGCCUCCAUCCCAACUCUAAAACAAAAACCCUCAACCCCUAAGCCUCCACGUCCUCUCUCCCUAGUAUCGCCCAAAAAAAUACCAUUGGCAUCCACACGCACAGACAACAGUGCUGCAACUCUACCCAGACGCUCACCCACAAAGUUCCAAAAGGCAACCUCUCCAACAUCGCCAGAGAAAAAAGUGGUAGUAGUAGUAGUGCAGCAAGAAUCCACAACCCCCUCCACAACUCCCCCAACCCUCUUCCUCCUCCCCGCCCCAACUCCCCCUUUACCCUCACUCGCAUCCCCAACCCGACCCCGCCGCCGCCGUCCCGCAACCCUAUUCAUCCCCGUUCCCGCCCCUUCUUCUUCUUCUUCCUCAUCCGAACAACAGCAUACAGAACAGUAUCUGGCUCCGCAAGAUACCGACCGCAAUGCCCUCCGCACACCCAGCAAAACUAUCCUGCACAGCCUCGACAGGGCGAUUGAUGAGAAGAUUGCAGAGGAUGCGGCGAGGGGCGUUGUUGUUACGGCUGGUGGGAAUCGGGUUCGGGAUUUGUUGGAGGCGAGGAAGGGGAGAAGGGGUGUGAGGGGUUGA